AUGGAAGGCUCUUACCAGGCAAAUGAAGAGUUCUAUGCAGGCGACUACAUUGGUACUCAGCCUGUGCGCUCCCAGUACCCGGAAAUGAUGUUUGACCCAAGGAUUUCUCAAAUGCAAGGCGGCGGGAUUAAUUUUCUACAGAUGAUUCCGCCUUACUCAUUGGCCUAUCCGGUUCAUCAGUUUGGAACAUCGACACAUCCUCUGGCUGUUGUGAGUAACAAAUCCGUUCCGGUGACUGGACAACAUGCUACCCCAGUUGUCAAACAUAAAGAAAAUGCAUUAGUGUUGAGUCCAGGCUUUGGUGUGAACAUGUCAUACACACAAAUGUUGCUUGCUGCUGAAUCAGAGGAUCCUCUAUUUGGUUCACCACACACAGAGUACUAUCCUGUUGGGGCUGAGAAUGAGACAUUUAUGGUAACUGGACGGAACACAAGGUUGAGCGAGCUAGCUGGCAUGGACAAUCCAGAAUCAAGCAACUACAUUGAACAAGAUGAUCCUAGCAACUGGAACAACAACCAGACAGAUUUCCAGGUGGCUGAUUUGGCAUUGCAAACUGCGACAUGGGAUGAUGGCGUCCCAGCUCCUGGAGCAGAGCUCUUGCAGGCUCUAGGAAUUUGUCCUGGAGACAAUCAAUAUGAAGACGUUUCAUGUAGUGAAGACUCGGACACCGAUCCAAGUGCAUUUGACAAAGUGCUAGUUGAUGCUGAAGAAGAUGCUAAUCAGGUAGUUGCUGCACAUGGUGAUCAACAUGGUGAUAAUGAAGCUGUGGACAAUGACGUUGACCGAUUCUCACUAGAUGACAUUGACAAUUUCCUCGAGAAUGAUUCAGUUCUCGCUGCUCAGACUUGUAGCCAAGAAGUUCGCAGCCGCCAUGUCCCGCAGAUGGGUAUGGAUUUCGAGACAUCGAAAGCAGCACAAGCAUUCUACAACAGCUAUUCUUGUUUGUGUGGAUUUUCUGUGCGAAAAGCGUCGAACUACUGUGGCCAAACUAGCACAGGGGGUGGCGAGUCCCGAUGUAUUUUUAGAUGCAACAGGUCUGGAAAGGUGCUUGAUGAGGAACAAAAGGAGGCUAGGAGGAAACAAAGGAAAGAUAGGUGGCAACAGCGAACUGGAAAGCUAGCACCAGAGACAAGGAAGAGAAAAAGGAAUGUCAUUGAUGUCACAGGGUGUCAAGCUAAACUGGUAGUCAGCAAAAAAAAUGGAAGAUGGUUUGUCACGGACAUCAACCUCGAGCACAACCAUGAGUUGAGUCCACCGGAUGAAUCAAAGUUUUUGAGAUCACAUAAGCAAAUGACGGAUGAAGAAAAGUUGUUAGUGAGAACAUUGAACUCAGCAAAACUGCCAACAAGAAAAAUUAUGGACAUACUAUCAUUUUUAAGGCAUGGCCCGCUUCCGUACACGAAAAAAUAUGUGACGAAUCUGAGGGCAUCAAUCAGGAAAGAGAAUGAUGGCAAUGAUAUGAUGCAGCUGCUCGACUACUUCAGGACCAAGCAAGCAGAAGAUCCAAGAUACUACUACAAGUUUAAGGUUCAUCCGCAAAAACCAAGCAAAGUGCUCUGCAUUUUCUGGGCUGAUGGCUACUCGAGGAAAAUGUAUGAUUUGUAUGGAGACAGCCUAAGUUUUGACACAACCUACAAAACCAACAAAUACAACUUGCCAUUUGCCCCAUUUGUUGGUGUGUCCGGGCAUGGACAGAACUGCUUGUUUGCAUGUGCUAUCAUUCAGGAUGAGACGAUAAACACAUUCACUUGGCUCUUUCAGUCAUUCCUAGAGUGUAUGGGUGGGAAGCAGCCAAGGACCGUUAUCACGGACCAAGACGCGUCCAUGAAGGAGGCUGUCCCUGAGGUCUUCAACCUUUCCAAGCACAUAAACUGUCUGUUUCAUGUGAAGAAAAAAGCUGAAGAGAAAUGUUGUAGGACUUUUGUUACAAAAGGAGAUCUCCAUGAUGAUUUCCCAGACCUUGUGCACAACUCCCUCACAGUUGCAGAGUUUGAAAGGCUAUGGCAAGAGAUGGUGCAGCAGUAUGACAUUGGUGAUGUUAACUAUUUCAAGAUUAUGUGGAAAGAGAGGAGAAGGUGGGCACCUGUCUACUUCAAGACAGAUUUCCUCCCACUCUUACAUUCAACAUCGAGGAGCGAAGGCAUGAAUGCCAUAUUCAAGGACAAUGUAGCGUCGACCGACAAUGUGACUAGUUUCAUGAAAGAAUACGAGAAGAUAUCUGAACGCAUACAAGACAUGGAAAGGGAGCAAGACUCGUUGACAAGGACAACAAAACCAACAUUCUGGGUGCACAAUGAGCUUGAGAUUCAGGCAUCGCGAAUGUACAACCGGCAGAUUUUUUACCGGUUUCAGAAACAAAUGAAGUUUGCUGCCCAACUGCACGUGGAUGUUGUUGAGAAUGGAUCAAGGUUUGAGGUUUACAAGUCGAGCAUGCUUGCGGAAAAAGAAUUCAGGACACGGUGUUACCUUGUACUAGCAAACCUGCAGCAAGAAGAAUUUGCUUGCAUCUGUGGGAAGUUUCAAAAGGAUGGCAUUGUGUGUGCACACAUACUGCGAGUGCUUGUCAACCUGAACAUGCCUGUUCUACCAAACAAGUAUUAUAUUAAGAGAUGGAAACCAAAAGACAGAAAAUAUGUAAGAGACAAGCAGUUCAAUGUUCCCAUGGAACUGACUGAGGCGAGCAGACAUUUGAGGUAUUCACAGCUAUCAACAAUGCUCAAUGAAAUGGCUUCCGAUGGGGCAAGAACGAAUCAAAAGUACUUGUAUGUUGUGAACGAAAGUGAGAGAAUAUUUGCUGGGCUUGAUGAGAUGACCAAGGCAGAUGAGUUGAGGGAGCUUCAGGCAAGAGGAGUUGCUGUGGAAAAAGAACCCCCAAUACAAAUGCAAGAACCCCACCCUGAUGGCUAUGACAACCUACAAGACCCUGAUGUUGUUGUAUCUAAAGGUCGACCGAAAAGUCGUUAUCUAACAGCUAGGGAGAAGUUCCUCGCAAAGAAACAAACUAAAUGCAGCCACUGCAGAAGCCAAGACCAUAACAUUGCUACUUGUCACAACCUGCAUAUUGAUAAGUCUUUGUUUGAGAAGAAGAAACCAGCAACUAAAAAACCUACAGGUCCUUCUGAUUCAUCAACUAGUAAACAGAAUGGAGCUAAGCGUCAACGAAGGAAGGCGCCUGCCACACAGGUUGAAGGAAUGCUGUAG